AUGCCCGCACAACGGCUGCCCCUCCUCCUCAAGGUCGCCGCCGCGGCCGCCGCCGGCGCAUUGGCGAUCGUCGCCGCGACGCGCCUCCUGAGGGAUGACGCCGUGUCCUCCCUGCGCCGGGACAUCCGCGACGCCGUCGCCGCCCUCGCCCCCAGCGACGAGGACGGCGCCGACGACGACAAGGGAGUCCACGACGCCCCGGCGCCGUCCGUGCUGAUCACCGGGUUCCGCGCCCACGGGAAGAGCUCGCUGGUGAACACGGCGUGCCGCGCGCUCGCGGGCGAGGAGGGCCCGCUGCUGCUGCGCGCGGAGGCGUCGCCUCCCGGCGGCGGGUCCGACGGCACCAGGAAGCGGCUCAGGGUCAAGGCGGUGGUCGGCGGGACGGACGGGGAGAUGGGCGCGGAGGAGGCGGCGGUGGAGCUGCUGGACGCGCCGCCGCUCCCCGAGGCCGCCAGGCUGACGAGGGAUGACAUCACCGCGGCCAUCGGCGAAGGGAGCCCGGAGUGCGUGGUGCUGGUGCUGCGCUGCGACGCGCCCAGCAAGGAGCGGAACGCGGCCGUCAAGCGCCUGCCGGAGAUCUCCGCCGCCGUCAGGGCCAAAGGGCUUAAUUUGAUAAUUGUAUUGACUUUUAAGAAGGCUAUGCGAUCAGUACGGCAAGCUGAAGAGCUUCUAAGAGAAGUUUCGUUCAGGGCCAGAACAGACUGUGUAUACUUCAUUGAGAACUACACCUGGAGCAACAAUGGGCCCAAUCUUCGCCACCCUCCUAUGAUAAAGAACGACUUUGCGACACAUUUCACUGUGCUGACUAUCAUUCGGCAAUGUCUGGAGUUCAUCAAGCUAAACAGGAGUCAGUCCAAGGAGAAGGACGUCAAGCCGCUAAACCAACAGGCAGAUGCUAAAACAGUUCCCAAAGUUAAAUGACUCAAAUGUAACGCAUUUCAAGAGACUGAUUCACACAGGUACGAUGUAUCCUUGGCGCUGACAUAGUCUGACAAUCUAUACAAAAUGUACAUUCAUUAUAUAUGUGAUGUUAUAGGCC